UUUUCUCAAAUCAAAAUACAAAAAUAAAUUUGUUUAACGAAAAUUUCAAAUAUCCGUUUAUCAUAAUUUCCACACUCCCGACUAAUAAAACCGCCGGUUACCUCCUCUUUCCACCGGAAAAAAUGACCGGAAAAUCCUCUUCCGAUCUCAAUAACCACCACACUAAUCUCGUCCUCAAAUACGGCGUCGCAUCACGAAUCAUUCUAAUCUCCUUAAUACUUCUCUGGCGAUCACUAAUCAGCCCUUACGACACCUCCGCUUCAAUUAACCCUAGCUGCCUUAACGGUUCGGUUUCCGGUUUGCGGCCGGUUCGGUUUCCGAGAUUGGCAUCGGCGAUAGAGGAUAGUAUUGUUUGGGAUAGUGUGUAUUUUGUACGGAUUGCGGAGUGUGGAUAUGAGUAUGAACAGACAUAUGCUUUUUUGCCUUUAGUUCCGAUUUGUAUUUCUCUGCUUUCGCGAACAGUGUUUGCCCCAUUGAUACCUUUUAUCGGACAGAGAGCUGUUCUCGGAUUAUCUGGUUAUGUGCUUAAUAACUUUGCAUUUGUUUUGGCUGCUUUUUAUCUUUACAGACUUUCAGCUAUUAUUUUGAAGGAUUCAGAGCUGGCAUUGAGAGCUUCAAUAUUGUUUUGCCUUAAUCCCGCCUCCAUAUUCUACUCAUCAAUAUAUACUGAGAGCAUGUAUGCGUUGUGUUCCAUUGGAGGAUUGUAUUAUCUCAUGAGGGGUUCAAAUAACGUCGCAACACUUUGGCUUGCUCUCUGUGGAUUUGCAAGGUCGAAUGGAGUGCUUAAUGCUGGCUAUAUUUGUUUCCAGACAAUGCACAAAUCCUAUAAAGCAGCUUUUGUUAGAAAACAUGCUGGUGUGACCUUGCUGGUUCUUCUUUCUGGGGCUUUGCGUAGCUUAUUUAUCUUUUUCCCAUUUAUUGCUUUUCAAGCCUAUGGGUACUACAAUAUGUGUGUGGGAGGCACUUCAGAUGAAAUGAGGCCUUGGUGCAAGGCAAGACUUCCUUUACUCUACAACUAUAUUCAAAGUCGUUAUUGGGAAGUGGGUUUCUUAAAGUAUUUUCAAGUAAAACAAAUUCCAAAUUUUGUUCUUGCAUCCCCAAUAUUAUCUCUUGCAGUCUGCACAAUCAUACAUUAUGUGAAGUUAUGGCCUGAGGUUUUUGUAUCACUUGGCUUUCGGGCGUCCUCUCCAAACAAAGAACUUGCUGCUUCAUCCAUUCCUCGGGGGAGAAGUGCAGGAUCCAAGAGCGUUGGCUUUCCAUCUGAAAACAGAUCUGACGCCAGGCAAGGUGAUUCUCUUAGACGGCGGAAACCAACUGUGAGAGAAGAGAACUAUGUCGCACAGCCAUCAGAAGAUGAAGCAUCAGAGAACUCAGGAUUUAAACCCGUUAUUAUUGUUCCCUUCAUUCUACACCUUGUGUUCAUGGUUGCAGCAGCUUUUUUUGUCAUGCACGUACAGGUUUCAACACGAUUCUUAUCUGCCAGCCCUCCUCUCUAUUGGUUUGGAUCAUAUGUCAUGGCAUCUCCUCGUCUUAGCAAGGGAUGGGGAUACAUUAUUUGGACAUAUUGUGCAUCUUACAUCUUGCUCGGGAGUUUGCUCUUCUCUAAUUUCUACCCCUUCACCUGAGAUGCGUGUAUCCGAUGGCUACCUGGCGACAGCAUCAGCUAAAUCCAGUUUUGAAGGAUAAAAGUUUUAGCCUAUGAUGAGCUGGAUAUGAAGAUGAAUUGUUGAGCAUUUUGCUUUCUUCAUCUCCAGUUUGACAUAGUUGUGUGAUUUGACAUGAACUAGAAUUAUUCAAUUGAUGUCUACCAUGGAUGUCGCAAAACCAAUUUUGCUUUGCAUACAUAACAGUUUGUAAAUUCACAGUGAUAGUUGUCACCAUGGACAAUGGAGGAUGAGAUGCCAUGCUUAUUAGAUGGUAAAAUUCACAACUAGCCACUUUUUGUGCCCAA